UCCUUAAAGGGGCCGUGCCCCAGGGACCGCAGAGUGAAGCUGGUGGAGGGUGCCUGAUCUAACCGCUGCCAGGGGCAGGCGGUACGGCGCACCAUGUACACAAUCACCAAGGGGCCCAGCAAGCUGGUCCGGCGAGCUCCUGAAAUGCCGGCAGCCCGCGCCGCCGACCGCGCUUCCCGCGCGCGAGCAGCCCUCGGCACAGUCUCAGGGACCCUGGCCACUGGCAAGUGCCCCUCUCACCUGAGGAGGAACCCAGAGCGGCGUGGGCCACCUGAGCCCAGGAAGGCGAGCAGGCCUACCGGGACCGCGAGUGCCUGGCGGAGUGGCAGUUCAGGGCCAAGGCUUGUGUUCAAUCGAGUGAAUGGCAGGCGGCCCCUCACCACACCCACAUCCCUCGAGGGAACCCAAGAGACCUACACACUGGCCCACGAGGAGAACGUCCGAUUUGUGUCCGAAGCCUGGCAGCAGGUAGAGCGACAACUGGAUGGCGGCCCUGCCGAUGAGAGUGCCCCACGGCCUGUGCAGUAUGUGGAGAACACUCCUGAUCCCCGGCUGCAGAACUUUGUACCUAUUGACCUGGAUGAGUGGUGGGCACAACAGUUCCUGGCUAGAAUCACCAACUGUUCCUAACACCUGACCAGGAAGGAAUGCUGCCAUAGUGGACCCUUUGUCCGAAGAGGACCAUGGUGCGCCGGUCCACCUUGUGGCCUGGCUGGGUACCGGCCACACCUGAAGUGCCAACAUUUGGACUUUUGCACCUGUUGUUCCCUUGGCUUGGCUAUCCCAAGCUGCCAGAGCCAGAGGCCAAACCUGUCUAACCUCAAUCCUGCUCACUGUGCCCAGGGACCAGCCCCUGGGGCUGGCAGGGAGGAGCCCAGGCUAAUAAAGUUGAAAAACUGCC